AUGACCCAGGAUUAUCUACAAUUUCAAUCAGAGCCUUCAGGAAGGCAUGAAGGAAAACAUCAUAUUAUAAUUGCUGGUGCAGGGAUCAUUGGUGUGUGUACAGCGUACUUCAUUGUCAAGCACCCCAAAUUUAACCCUGACAAAUACCAUAUUACCAUAAUCGAGAGCAAACGUGUUGCUGGAGGUGCUAGUGGUAAAGCUGGAGGGCUAUUUGCACUUUGGGCGUUUCCAGAACAGAUUGUACCUUUAUCGUUCAAUUUACAUCAGGAACUAGCUAAUGAGUUCAAUGGUGCAGAGGAAUGGGGUUAUAGGCGAUUGACGACGGUGUCGUUAGAGGGUGACAUCUCACACAUUUCUGAUGAAGUCGAAGAUGAGAACAAGAAAACUUUGGAUCCACCAAAGAGGCAAACGCGCUCGUCAUCGAUUCUUCAGCUCGACUUUAAAAAGAACCAACUCCCAUCGAGUUUGAACUGGAUAAACUCCGCGUUGAUUGAAAAUUGUACAACCCUUGGUGGCACAGAUACUACAGCACAAGUGCAUCCAUACAAGUUUACCAAUUAUAUAUUGAAAAAAGCUGUGGAGUUCUCACAAGGCUCAAUUGAAUUGAUUUUGGGAAAAGUAGAGAAUGUGACUUAUUCAGAGGAAUCAGGUUCUGCAACGGGUGUAAGAUAUCAGCCAACAUCGGUUAAAGAAGGUGGGAAAUAUAACGAUUUAAUAGAGUUACAAGCAGACCAAGUUGUGCUAACAGUGGGACCCUGGACAUCCAGGAUUCUUCCUGAUUGUCCAAUCUCUGGACUCCGUGCACAUUCGAUCACCGUGGCGCCUUUUAAAGAUCAACCAGUGAGCCCUUAUGCCAUAUUCACCGAGUUCAAAGUAGGGCCAACAUCAUACAUUUCUCCCGAAAUAUAUGCUCGACAAGAUGAAGUAUAUGUAUGUGGAGAGGGUGACAGUGCAGUUGAUGUUCCGGAAACGACUGAUGAUGUGGAAGUUGUGAGGUCAAAAUGUGACGAAUUGUACAAACAGGUGAGCAAGAUAUCGCCCAACUUGAAGAAAGGUCAUAUAUUACGACGCCAAGCAUGCUACUUACCGGUGCUAGACGUACCAUCUUCAAGUGGUCCUCUCAUCGGGGAAACCAAUGUGACCAACUUGUACCUUGCAUCGGGCCAUUCUUGCUGGGGUAUCAAUAAUGCACCAGGAACUGGUAAAAUCAUGAGCGAGCUUCUUCUUGAUGGGUCCGUCAAAUCUGCCGACAUCAGCAGUCUAGACCCUUCCUUCUACUUCGACGCUAGCGUUAUAUUAGAAGAUGGAGAUGAGGAGGGGGAGGUAGAAGAAAAAGAUGAUGAUGAUGAUGAUGAAGAGGAGGAGGAGGAAGAGGAGAAUGGAACAGAUGGAAGCUAUACCGAGGAGGAAAAUUUUAAUUAA